CACAGAGUGAAAGAGAGAGAGAGAGGGGAGAAAAGGAAAAAGAGCCUGUGUAGAUGUGCAUGUUACACCUCCCUUCAGUCGGGACGGAGUCGUUCCACAUUUCCAGCAAACCGUUUCUGCAGAAGGUGACAAACGAAGUCAUGGAUCGCAAAACCUGUUGCUGGAUCACCCGGAUCCCUCUCCAAAGAUAAGCCAGCACGCGGAUCUCUUCUCCUAAAGGAGGCAGGAUGGACGAGGGCAGGGCGCGCACCCAAAACGACACUCUUUCUGAGAACUGGAACUCAGAGGCAAACAUCACCUCUGAAAAAGAAGGGGGUCCUGAGGCGGUCAUUGUGCCGGUCAUGUUUGGAGUUAUAUUUCUCUUGGGCAUUAUCGGGAAUUCUCUGGUGAUGGUGGUCAUCGGGAGGAUUAAGUCUAGGCGAUCGAGGAGCAUCACUAACACUUUCAUCUUAAACCUCAGCAUAGCGGACCUGUCCUUUCUCAUUUUCUGUGUGCCUUUCCAGGCUACUAUUUAUUCCUUGCCCGAGUGGAUAUUCGGAGCUUUCCUCUGCAAGUUCGUGCAUUACUUUGUAAUGGUCAGCAUGUUGGUUAGCAUAUUCACACUGGUUGCCAUGUCGGUGGACAGGUAUAUUGCCGUUGUGCAUUCUAAGCGGUCCCCGUGUAUCCGAAACAAGAAAAACGCGUCCAUCGGGGUUGCUGCAAUCUGGGUUCUAUCCUUCGUGUUCGCCAUCCCAGUGGCUCAGCACCAGACAUUAAGAGGGCACCAAGACGCCCCCAACAGAUCGUUCUGUUGGGAGGUGUGGCCAAACACUACAACUAAGCAGACGUACAAAGUAACCAUCUUGAUGAUCGGCUACCUGCUGCCUUUAGUGUUGAUCACGUGCUGCUAUGCGAAGGUCCUCUAUCAUCUUCAUAAAAAAGUGAAAAACAUGUCCAAGAAAUCAGAACGAUCAAAGAAGAAGACGGCACAGACAGUGCUCCUGGUGGUAGCUGUGUUCCUCAUCUGUUGGAUGCCUCACCACAUUGUGGCCAUGUGGGUCGAAUUUGGCAAAUUCCCCCUCAAUGAUGCCUCUUUUGCAUUCCGCAUCAUUUCCCACUGCCUGGCCUAUGGCAACUCCUGCAUCAACCCCAUCAUCUAUGCCUUUUUGUCAGAGAACUUCAGGAAGGCCUGUCAACAAGUGUUCACAUGCAAGUUCUUCUUUCAGCCACCACAGGAAGAGAAAGUUGUGAGGAUCCGCUUGGAAAACUUUUCUACCACACACUCCACCACUAAUAUUUAGGCAAAAAUCAAAAACUGCAAACAGGCCCAGCACAGUUCAAUAAGCCGAACUGCAAUUUUUACAUUUAUCUAUAGCUGACAUAAGAAUGGCUUUAUCCCUCUAUUGGGUUCAUGUGUGGUUCUGGUGGGCUUGUUUCCCACAUGCUAUGUAAUGUGAAUUUGCUACCAAUUCACACUUUAUAAGGACAGAGAUUCUUCAACUAACUGUUACAGGAUGCUGUCCUCCUGGCAGGGUCUCUCAUGUGUACAGCUAUUGUACCCUUGACCAGCUCUUGGUUUUGAGUAACAGUAUAAAAGAUAUGUGGGCAGAAGAAAAUCUGCAUUAAUUGCUGACUGCUGUCUUUGGGUUCCUGUCAUCACUGUCUGUUCAUUGUCAAAUCUAUGAGAGGCAGUUAGACUAGCAGUUUAAUUCACCCAAGAGGAGAUCAAAUGUCUUUGGCCUAGGCUGAAGAGGAGCACUUCUUAAUUUUGUUAAAGCUGCUUUAUGUUUAGUGAGUUCAAUUACAAGCUGUAAAUACAGUAUAUAGACUGUAAAUUA